GCUCAUGUGUCAUAAUAUAUAUUAUUUGGUAGGCUUGAACUCUGCUAAAAAUUGCAUUAUAGACCGCUCACCAAGCCAAUAGAGGACAUGGAUAUGCCGUGCAGCUACUACAACUACCAUCCAUUCUCACCAACUGCUCAUUCACAUAUCUAGUUCUUGAACAGAUGAACGACGAGUUACGAAGCCUGUUACCUCACCCAGAAUGGCGAGAACAUACCUUUGUUCCUGGAUGACUCUGUUGACGGGCACAUUCGCCCAGCUGCAAAUGUUUUCGCCACCUGGCCAGAGCUCUAUCCAAUUUAGUGUCAAUAUACCCCAAAAGACAGCCGACUCCGGUUCAGGACCAAUUUAUAUUCAGCUGAAAUCAACGCAAGAGCUUCAAUGGUUUGCAUGGGGUCAGGGUUCCCGGAUGCAAGGAGCGAAUAUCUUUGUUGCUUACGCAUCCCGCGACGGCAAUAAUGUCACUGUCUCUCCAAGAUUGGGCAUAGAACACGUCGAGCCGAUGUAUAAUGGCCAGGCUCAGAUCUCGGUCUUGACUGGCAGCGGGAUCAGCAAUGGAAUCAUGACCGCAAACAUUCGGUGCGACAGCUGUCUCACAUGGCCAGGAGGAAGUGAAGAUCCGAGUAGUUCAGCUAGUCCAUGGGUUUGGGCAUUGAAAUAUGGGGGACAACUCAACUCCGACAGUCUAUCUUUACCCAUCAUCAUACAUGAUGCUUCGGGUGUUGCAGUUCUUGACCUUCAAAAAGCGACUGGCGGCGCAUCCGACAAUCCUUUCUUAGCAUCAAAUAAUUCAAACAGUCCUGGGCAAGCGCUCACGACAUUUGACACCGGUUCCAUUGCAAGUCGCAGGGUAGCACAUGCUGUUCUUAUGAUCCUUGUCUUUGUCAUAUUCUUCCCUUCGUUUGCGUUGAUGCUUCACACCGGCGCACACUCCAGGAUUGUUGAUUUCCACGCUUUCUGCCAGCUUUUCACCCUGGCCUUGGCUAUCUCUGGGUUUGGUAUCGGCAUCUCGUUGGCAAAAACCCUCCAUCUGACAGGGACCUACCAUCCAAUCAUCGGGAUGGUGGCUGUUCCUGCCCUCAUUCUCUUCCAGCCGGCUAUGGGCUUUCUUCAACACAGAUACUUUCAUAAAACCGGAAAGAAGAGUGUCUUUGCAUACUUGCACCGAUGGUUUGGCCGUUCUAUGAUAGUCCUUGGUAUUGUCAAUGGUGGGCUGGGAUUUCAUUUGGCACAAAAUGUCACCGCAACUGCCCCAGUGGGGGCAAUAAUCGCAUAUAGCGUGGUGGCUGGAAUUGUUGGGCUUGUCUAUGUCCUAGUGGUCAUUGUCUUACCUUUGAGAAAGCAGAGAACGCAAAGUUCCUGACUGACAUUGGCCUGUUCGUACUUUUUGGCGCCCAUUUGGCUAUCUUUGGGAGUUGAGAGAUAGCACAUAUCCCUACUGUUGUCAUUGGUACUUUUAGCCAAGUGGCUGUAUCAAUUGGGUCACUGUAGCCUAAUUUAUUGGAAGAGUAGCAUUGUUCCAUGAUAUCAUUGGGGUGUAUUUUAUAGUAAGUGUUCUUAAUGGCCAGUUAAUCCGGUAUUAGGGUUCAGUAUUAUUAGUUCCUCUCUGAAUAGAAAAUACUUC